AGAUGCAGUUGAUACUGCAAGCGCGCGUCAAGCGCGAUUAGCCGUCGCCCUGUGUGUGUCCUCGCUACUAAUUUGAUUAUUUUGCCGUCAGCGACAUUUUUCGGUGCGCACAGUGUUCACUCAAUAGCGCAAGUUCACAGUCUGCAACGACCCGCACGCGCACAUAAUGGGCAAUGAAAGCGACCCACCCCUCGUCUCCCCGGCUGCGCCAGACAGCUCCAUAGAUCAUGCGCACUCGAUCGAGUACUGGAACUCCGUAUCUUCGGACAUAAACGGCAUGCUGGGCGGGUUUCCACAGACGUCUCGGAUCGACCUGCAAGGCUCGUCCAACUUCCUUGUGAAAUUCCGGCGCGGGAAGCAGCGAGCGGUCAAACAGAACCUCCCGUCUAUCGGUCGCGCUGCAGACUGUGGGGCUGGAAUCGGGAGGAUAACGAAGGGGCUACUCAUGGGCGUUUCGAGUAAGGUCGAUAUUAUCGAACCGGUGAAGAAGUUCACGGACGAAUUUAUGGUCAGUCUCCAGGAGGAAGAGAAGGACAAGGUGGGGGUGAUCGUGAAUCUUGGUUUACAGGAUUGGGUGCCAGAGCCUGGAGCAUAUGGCUUGAUAUGGAAUCAGUGGUGUCUAGGGCAUCUUACGGAUGCCCAAGUUGUGGCUUAUCUACGGCGGUGCAGUGACGGCUUGGUGAAGAGCUCCGCUGGUGCUGGAGCCACUUCUCAAGGUGGUAUGCAACAAGGAUGGAUAGUAGUCAAAGAGAAUAUGUCUGCAACCAUCAAUGACAGCGAUAUAUACGAUGAUGAAGAUUCGAGUGUAACGAGAUCGGAUACAAACUUUAGGCGGCUGUUCAAAGAAGCUGGAUUGAAGAUCGUAGCGGAAGAAGUUCAACGCGGUUUCCCAAAGGGCCUGUUCACCGUGCGAAUGUAUGCUUUGCAGCCAGAAUAGAUUGCUAUUCGGAGUUCCUUUGUCGGCGUUUUGGAAGUGGGUUGGCGGCAUAAAGGUUGUGAUACCCAGUAUAAUCAACUAUUAUAUCCAUUCUUCGUCCGUG